UCUCUGGAAUCUCCUCCGCACCCCCUCCUCUUCCCUGGAACCCCCCAAGAGCACAACGCAGAGUGGGAAGACAGAAUGGUGAAGUUCAACAGCAACCCCGGUGAGAAAAGCAUCAAGCCACCUUCGGGAGAGGAUGGCUUCCAGACGGUCCCCCUCAUCGCCCCCUUGGAGGUGGGCCACCUCCAGCUGCCCACUCCGGAGAAGGUGAUCGUGAAAACAAGAACAGAGUAUCAGCCGGAGCAGAAGAACAAAGGGAAGUUCCGGGUGCCGAAGAUCGCGGAGUUCACGGUCACCAUUCUCGUCAGCCUGGCCCUCGCUUUCCUCGCCUGCAUCGUGUUCCUGGUGGUUUACAAAGCCUUCACCUACGACCACAGCUGCCCAGAGGGGUUCGUGUACAAGUUUGGCAGUGACAGAACUGGGAUUGUCACCCAUGCUCUGGGCCCCUGGCUCACUGCUGCUUCUGUGGGUCUCCAGCCAAAACCCCCAAAUGCUUCCAACCUCUCUCUGCACAGGUCCUGA